CGCCAGGUGGCGCCAAUUCUGCGUUCAAACUCUCCGUGAUGACGUUUGAUCUUCCGCUUCCGCGAGUAACGGAACAACAGUGUCGCUGUGACACGAGCAGCAUGUCUGCGAAGGCUCUUCCAGAUCAGUGGAGUGGAGAGGAGGAGACACAGCUGAGACUCGUUCUGAUUGGACGAACCGGCUCCGGCAAGAGCGCCACAGGAAACACCAUCUUAGGGCGACGUCACUUCCUGUCUGCGCUUAGGGCAGGUUCUGUGACCCGUGUGUGUGAGUGCGGCCGAGCGCAGCUGUGUGAGGAUGAGGAGUCCGGCGGGGGGGCGAUGAAGAGCGUUCUGGUGGUGGACAUGCCAGGAUUCGGAGACACUGGUCUGGACGAGACUCAGGUUCACGCAGAGAUGGCUCGAUGUGUGGCUCUGACGGCUCCCGGGCCGCAUGCCUUCCUGCUGGUGAUCCCGCUGGGACGCUACACCGCGGAGGAGGACCGGGUCGUCACGCAGACGCUGCGUGUGUUCGGUGAGGAGGCGCUCCGCCACACGGUGGUGCUGUUCACACACGGAGACCAGCUGGAGGACGACAGCAUCGAGAGCUUCCUGGAGCACGAGUCCACUCCGGAGCGACUGAAGGAGCUGCUGCGCGUCUGCGGCGGACACUACUGCGUCAUCAACAACAGAGCGCCGCAGAACCGCACGCAGGUGAACGCGCUGCUAGCCACGGUGCAGAGGAUGGUGCAGGACGUGGGCGGAGCCUGUUACACCAACAGUGUGUUCCUGCAGGCGGAGCGCGUCAUACGGGACGAGCAGCAGCGGCGCAUGCAGCACUGGAGAGGUCACAGCCGACGCCAGGCCCUGCGCUCCGCUCUCAGCCGCAUCCGAGCCGAAGCCGCUCUCUCCGGGAAGGUCCUGGAGCGCAUCAGAGUGCUGGUGGCGGCGGGAGCCACCGGUGCAGCCAUAGGGGCCGUGUUCGGAGCCGCAGCUCCUCUAGCGGUCGCAGCCGGAGCCUCUGUGAUGGGCGGUGGAUCGGUGGGGUUAGCAGGCGUCUCGGCCGCAGGAAGCGCAGGCGUAGGGAAAGCGUUCGGAGCAAUAGUUGCAGCCGCGGCUGGGAAGAGCGCGGUGGCUCUGGGAGCGGCGACAGGCGGCGUGUUGGGAGGGUCGGUCGGAGCGCUAGCGGGCGCUCAGGCCCCGGGGCCACGGGAGGCAGCGCUGGAGGCAAUGCAGCAGGUGGGAGCGAUGGGUGCUGCAGCGGUGGGCGUGGCUGCAGGAGUGGGCGGAGCUGUGGGGGCGGGAGCAGCGCUGGGGGCGGUGCUAGAGGGAGGGGUGAUGAGUGCUGGGGAAGCUGUAGCAUCGAGUGCAGCAGUGCAGUCUGUGACCUCCAGUGCAGCCGCACGCGUCCUGAGCGCUGUGGGAGAGAUCGGGAGAGCUGCGGCGGGGAUGGCCCUGGCUGGAGGACUGGUGAUCAGGGUGGUGAAGGACAGGGUGCGCUCCGCAGGAAACACCACUGAACACACCUCCUACGAGAUCCACUGGAACAAGUGAACAAUCACACACCUCUAACCCUGCAGAUACUGUAGACGCAUCAGCUUGUCAUUGCAGUCAGAUGUGUAGAACAGAAAGAUUAUUUGAUGAGUUCAGUAUUUUACUCGAUUUUAGUUUGUCAUUGAGACGCUCUGUUCAGCUGAAGCUCACUCAUGGAUGAACAUGUGUUCUGUUGAACUCUGAGCUGAAGUGCUGUGUGAGGAAACAGAUCCAGACGUGUGCGUGACGACUGGUUUAGACUGGAUCUGUUCACACUCAGCACAUGUGUGAGAGUCACUCAACACUGUGUGCUUGCUUUCUGAAGCCGGAACAAAAAUAAACACAGUAAUGA